AAAAUUGAGGCACACAACGUUUGCCGCUGGUAAAGUUUCUGGCCUGCUUUCCUCAUAACAGCCAUCCCUCAAGAUUUCCUCCAUUCAAAGCAAUGUUUUAUCAGGGAUUGUAACAUCUAGUCCUUUUACUGAAUCAUUCCCCUCUCUAAAGCCAGAGUUGCAGAAAUUAUAAGGUCACGCCUCUGCUAGUUUCUGGUUCUGAUAGGAAUAAAGAUUAUUGUUAAAGGUUCAGUGUGUGGCAGGUAGGAAUUGGACUCAAACAUACAGGAAAGGGGAAACAGGAGUAGGGGGAAAAGGAACAAACUGAAACGCAGAUUUAUUGAUGAACACAAACCAAGUACAAAAUAAUGAAGGUCAAACACAGAUACCAAAAACUGUCACUCCUAUCAAGGACCCCAUCAAAGUUGAAGGAAUACACAAGGCACACAGGAAAAGGGAAACAUGACAGGUGACGACUGAGAUCAUAUUUACACCAAGAUGAUAAUGAGGCAACAGGCAAAGGGUAGGAGAACAGCUGACACUAAUCACAGAUAAUGGGACGGGAAGUAGAACCAGCGAGUUUCCUUUUUUUACUUUGAAGGUUUGUGUCUUGUUAGGUCUAAUUAGGUUCAGCUGUGUUCCCCUCUGGUGUGUCAUUCCCUUGUUACCCUUGUGUGUAUUUAUAGUGUGUGCCAGCCUGUGUUCCAUGUUGGUUCGUCUGUGUUACUUAGUAAUCUCCGCUCCUCUCCCCAUUCUGCUCUCCAUCUCCUGCAUAACCUCCUUAUGUUUUCCCCUGCAUGUGAUUCUGUGAGUUAUGGUUUUGUUUGUUAUUAGUUUUCCCCAGUUUAGGUUUACAUUUAGUUUUGCCCUCGCUUUUGUUAUUUAUCGUUCACUGUAAAUAAACUCACUUGCAUCACCGUCGCUGUCUGCAACUUGGGUCCUCCUUCGCUUCCCCACACGACUGCUUCCCCAGCCGUGACAUUUAAUCAUUGCAUUUCAUACAAAACCCACAAAGAUCUUAAGAGUAUGAAUACAUUUAACUGUUUGUGGGUUUUUUGUGUUUGCAUUUGUUUGUAUUAGUUCAUAAAAAUGAACUUUUAAUGAAAACUAAUCUCAACUUGGCACAAACGUAUUAGAAAAUCUGAUGAGAACUAACUGAAGAAAACCAGAACCUUAAGAAGAAAAAUGAGCAGCUGGGGACAGAUAAGAAACAUAACCGAAGAAAUGUGAAACACGAUGACAUCAUGGAAUGAGUUCGGUGUUAGUCGAGCUCAGUGGAGCAUUGAUGCCUGCUGUCCCAAAGAAAACAACGUUUUUGACUCAUCAGUUAUACUGUAAGCACCCAGCUUCCAGCCAGAAAUCUCACCCACCACUGAACCUUGCCGUCUAAACUUGGAUUCUCUUCACCUCUACUGCCUGCCCUCCUGCCUGCUGACUGUGCUGGAAACACUAAACCUCAGGUUGGACAAAUACUCAGCUGCUCAGUCUUCAAUACCCUCCCCAAGCUGGAAAUCAGCUUCACUGCAUAGGGUUAUUUCUCUCUCUAGAAGUUACACGAAGCUCAACAGAAAGUCUGUAAGGAUGGCAGAGGAGGAAGUUAACUAUGCCACAGUCAAAUUCAAAGAAAAGAAACAUUCCCAAUCAAAAGUUAAAAAGGAGGAAACUGUUUAUGAUGAAGUGGAGGUGAAAAAUGAAGCAAAGGAACAAACUCUGGACACAAACGAUAAGAAGUCGUCUUGUAAUAAAUCUUUUCCAUCACUAGCAACAUGCUGGGGAAUUCUAAUACUAAUCAUGGUCCUUCGCAUCUACAUCUCCACAGUUUCAGAAAAACAGAUCACAAACUUGACUGCAGAGACACAGAUGCUCAGAAAGAAAAAUGAGGAGCUGGAGACAGAGAAGAAAAACCUAACAGAACAAAUACAACAGAUGAUGACAUCAUGGAAUGACUUCAAUGUUAGUCGAGCUCAGUGGAGCAUUGAUGCCUACUGUCCCAAGGACAAGAACAACCGAAGGUGUAAUGUUUGUCAGGCUGGCUGGCUUCCCUUCCAGUCAGGCUGCUAUGGAAUUAAUGAUGCUGGUCGUCCUGAGCAGAAAACCUGGGAAGGUGCUCGAGAAGACUGUAUAGGAAAGAUUUCAGAUUUGGCUGUUGUGAAUAAUGAAACAGAAAAGAGUUAUAUCAGUGAUAAAAGCUGGAACAUUCAAGGAAUCAAAGGAUACUGGAUUGGUCUGAGAGUCGAAGGUGGGAACUGGAAGUGGGUGGAUGGAAGGAAUCUGACUAACAGUACCUGGAUCCCAGGGUCUCCUACUGAUGGUCAGUGUGCAAUCUCUGUCCAAAAUCAAGGAUUUAAAUCCGUGAACUGUAGUGAGAAGAACGCAUGGAUCUGUAAGAAGAAAGCUUUAACUCUUUGAAUACUGCAGUAAAACAUCACAAGACUCCUG